CUCAUAAACUGGAUAACAGCAAGAGAGGGGGGUCGGUUCGGUUAAAAUUUUGCUGUGGGAGAUAAAAUCCCCAUAGAGUGCUCUACUUGACUUGGAGAGAAAUAGAGAGAGAGAGAGAGAGGAGAGAGAAAGUUAGAGAGAGAGAGGAAUUAAGGGAUCAUGGUGGGCUCAGGAGCAAUAGGAGGGGGAGGCGGCGGAGGAGAUAGUCACAGUAUCACCAACAGCAGCAACAACAGCAACAACAACGAAGCCGCCGGAAUGAUGGCGCUCCACGACGCCCUCCGCAACGUCUGCCUCAACUCCGACUGGACCUACUCCGUCUUCUGGACCAUCCGCCCUCGCCCUCGAUGCCGCGGAGGGAACGGCUGCAAGGUCGGCGACGACAACGGCAGCUUGAUGUUGAUGUGGGAGGACGGGUUCUGCCGGGCGCCGGUCGCGGAGUGUUUGGAGGAGAUCGACGGCGAGGAUCAAAUCAGGAAGGCCUUCAGCAAGAUGUCCAUUCAGCUCUACAACUAUGGAGAAGGGUUGAUGGGAAAAGUGGCUUCUGAUAAAUGUCACAAAUGGGUCUUCAAGGAACCUUCCGAAUGCGAACCCAACAUCCCCAACUACUGGCAGAGCUCCUUUGAUGCUCUCCCUUCUGAGUGGACUGAUCAGUUUGCUUCCGGAAUUCAGACCAUAGCUGUGAUUCAAGCCGGGCACGGCCUUCUACAGCUGGGGUCUUGCAAGAUAAUACCUGAGGAUUUGCACUUCGUGCUUAGAAUGCGGCACAUGUUCGAGUCGCUGGGGUACCAGUCAGGGUUCUUCCUCUCUCAGCUGUUCUCGUCGGGACGGGGCCCCGGCCCUGCGCCGCCGCCGAACGCCGCCGCGGCGCUGAAGCAGGCCCCGACGCGGCCCCCGGCCCCUGCAUUCAAUUGGCAUCCCCACCACCACCACCCCAUGCAGCUCCCCCCGGCCGCCGUUGCGCAAUUGCAGCAGCAGCAGCCGCCCUUCCACCACCACCACCACCACCACCACCACCACCCGAAUUCGUCGCGAUUUGCGCAGAUGGACGACGGCAUGAUCUCGGACUCGGAGCUCAGGUGGCCCAACGGGCUCUCGUUCUUCACGGCGCUGACGGGCCGCGCCGACGACGCGAAGCUGCUGUUCGGCGGCGCCGGCGACGGCCAAUUCUCAGAGGACGCGAAGGCGCCGGACGGCCGCGGGGAUGCCGAGCACAGCGGCGAUCCGCACCACCACCAAGACUAUCUGAGCUUGGAAAGCAAUUCGAGCAAGGUGAGGAAGAUGGAGAGCAGCAGCAGCAAAUUCAAAAGGAGCCUCACGAUGCCCGCGAGAAUGGAUAUGAACGAAAAUAAUAGUGCGUCGUCGACGCCGUCGUUGUCGUUGGAUCACCAUCACCACCAACACCAACACCAACACCAACACCAUCACCAUGCAGGUGCUUCUACGCAAGGAAUGGAGUAUAGGAGCUCCGAGACGGGUAUAUACUCUGAUAUCAUGGAGACGUUUUUGGAGUAGUCGUAGUUAGUAGUAGUAGUAGUGGUAGUAGUAAGUAGUGGUUUGAGAGGAGGAUGUGUAACGUAGACUUUUAAUUAUAAACAGUGAGCUAGCUUUGUUUUGUUUCUCUAAUAAUAUUUUGCAUUUCUCCAA